AUGAGCCAAUCAAGACGUGGCAUACUGCCUGGUGGCCGGCGGUUGAACACGCCGUGUGUGCUCGAGAGGAGGCGAGAGCCGCGGUGAAGGCGAGUGGAACCGUCAUGAGGGAGUGUAUCUCUAUCCACGUGGGGCAGGCAGGUGUCCAGAUCGGCAAUGCCUGCUGGGAAUUGUACUGCCUUGAACAUGGAAUCCAGCCCGAUGGUCAGAUGCCUAGUGACAAAACCAUCGGCGGCGGGGAUGACUCGUUCAACACGUUCUUCAGCGAGACUGGGGCUGGCAAGCACGUGCCCAGAGCGGUGUUUGUGGACCUGGAGCCCACGGUGGUAGGUAGGUGCUCAGCCCCGGAUGGAGGCUUCCCGGGAGGUUGGGAGAGCCCUGGAAAAGCCCCACGUGGUGGGCUCCUUGACUCCCCCCUGCAAGAAGGACAGGGUAUAAAAGCCUGUGUCAUGACACCGUUGGGUGAGAAGCUCUGA